ACCUACUAAAAAACAAUGGGCAUUAGUCAGUUAUGACAAAGAGGAGAGAAAGAAAAUCUUAAACAAGAUAUAAUUUAGAAACGGCAGCUACCACCAAAUCUGAUCACCAUACGGGUACAGUUAGUAUCUUCAUUAAACAAAAGAGAACUGGAACAGUGACGUGUGAACAGCGGGUCUACGCGAAACUGAGGGAUUAUGCACACAACAGGACAACAAUCUGGGAAACCAGGUUCUUUUGGGAAGAAGCAGAGGCAGCACACUUCCAUCAGAAAGAUCACAUACCGGGUGGGAUACACAUGGAAUAGAGGUGGACGACUUAAAGAGCUCAGGAUACGACACCUUGCACGAAAGUUUCUUCGCCUCUGGAUCCAGAAGACAUUUGGAAGAGUCACUACAUCACAAGCCAGAUCUUACUAUAGGAAGGUGAUCUUGAAGAAGGUUCUCAGUGCUUGGAAAGAUGAGUGGUGGUAUGCCAGAAAAGAAUGGACCUUAACUAUUAGAGCAGACUGCCACUAUAAUUACGUCCAGUACAGUAAAGUAUAUCAAGCCUGGCGUGAAUAUGUAUCAGACCAGAGUGAAGAGAAGAGGCGUCUCCAGAUCGCCACCAUCUUUAUGGAGCGGCGUAGGUUGCGUGCUGUGUGGGACGGGUGGGAGCUGUAUGUAGAGAUGCGUCGAUUAAAGCGCAGGAUGCAUGAGACCGCCAUAAAGCACCAAAGACUUGCUACAGUUAGGCGGGUGUGGACGGUGUGGCAGGUUGCUGUACAGCAACGCUAUGCACAAUAUCAUCAAGAGGAUCUAGCCAUGCAGCACUGGGCUACCAAUUUACAGAGCAGGUCAUGGCAGCGGUGGAAGAGAAGAUGCAGUGAGGCCUGUAGGCUAAGAGAAGAAGAGUCUAGAGCUCAUCUUCAUUACUCUCACAGACUCCAGAAAUGUGUUUUACACAGCUGGAUCACACACACUGAGCACAGACAAGCCAAAAAUCAGACAAAAGCUAUAUCUGGAAAUUUGUGGUGUCGCUCUGUGAUCAGGAGGCACUGGGUUGUGUGGCGCAGGGCUUUGAUGUGCAGACAGGCUGAGCGAGACAGAGGACAGAUUGCAGACAGUCUGGCACAGCGUAUCACUCAGCGCUGGGCUUUUUCUUGCUGGAGAGACUAUAUCCAGUUGUGCUCAGAGAAGGCUGACAAAAAACAGACUGCCCUACAACACCAGCAACUUCGACUGCAGCAUGUGGGAUUAAAAGGCUUGGCCUUGAAUGUCACUCAGUGUAAAACUCAUCGAAUCAACAAGAACAUUAGUGCCCAGCAUCACCAGCACACAAUGAUGAGGAAAUAUUGGAAGUUUUGGCAGGAGAGGUUGGAGAUGAUUGAAGAGAGGAGUUUUCAGCCACAGAUGACCCAAGCACUGAACUAUCACAGAUUUUCAGUGUUGAAGAUUUAUCUUCAGAGAUGGAGGCAACGCUGCAAAGAGCACAAACGCAUGAAGGAGCUGCAGCUGCGAGCUGACUCUUGCUUUGCCAAGCGUGUUCUACCUCAGUCUAUGGCCUCCUGGAUUGAGUUUACAGAACAAAGAACAGAUCACAGGAAGAGGUAAGAGAGAGCUGAACUGUUUCACCAACAUCAGGUGUACAGCUGGGCUUUUUAUACCUGGUGGGGAUGUUGUGUAGAUCAGAGAGAUCAGAGACUGGCAGAGAGGACGGCUGUGCUGCAUGCUGAGCAAGUGUGUGUGUCCCAUGCCUGGUCCAAGUGGCUGUGUAGGGUUUUACAGCAGAGAGAGGACAGGCUGAAACAAGCACAGGCUCAGACACUUCACACACACACUGUUUUGCGCAAGACUCUGCAUCAGUGGAGACAAAAUGUCAAAGCUAUACAGAACAGUCAGAGGCAGUUUGUGCAGGCCAAGGUUUAUCAUGACCAGAGGUGUAAGCGAGGAGCUCUGAAUUGCUGGCGUGAGUAUGUAGCACACAGAAGACAGAGGACACAGCGAUUGGCUCUGAUUGAUGAGCACUAUGAAAGAAGAUUGCUCAGAAACACCCUGCAGUCAUGGAAGCAACAUUAUGUACAGACCCAGCAGAUCAACCAGUGUGUGAAUAUCCGCUACCAGCAACAUCAGCAGGAUCUGGCAAGAAGGGUGCUAUCUAUAUGGAGGAGAAAUGUGCAUCUGGCAGUAGAUGAGAGAGAGAAAGAGAGGAGAGCGAACUGUCACUAUCAACACUGCUUACUGUCAAAGGUGCUGUCAGCGUGGCAUCAAAGGACAACACAUAUAAUAGCUCAUCAUCACCAGCAGGAGGAAGCACUGAGAGAAGCUCAGCUUCACAUGGACAAGGUGCGCAUGCUGGCAGUUCUGAGGAGGUGGAAACAGCGACAGGUUGUGGUGAGCGAAGAAAGGCUGUCCCUAGAGAAGGCCUGUAGACAUCACAGUUCUGUCCUGCUGAGACAAUGCCUCACAGCCUGGAUCAUCAGUAAUUUCAAGCAUAAGAGCUAUCAGGUUAUGAAGAACAGGAGCAGAGAGCUGCACAGACUAAAAGUGUGCCGACAUUUUUUUAUCUGCUGGAAAGCACAGCUACAGAGCAGGAGAAGAGAAGCAGAGUUAACAGUGAUGGCCCUUUGGCACUGGUCUCUGAACCUUCAGGCCAAGGUGCUGUGUGUGUGGAGACACUGGGUUGCAGAGCGCCAGAGGAAACAGAGACGUCUAGCUGUAGCAGCUCAGGUCUACAGAGAUGAACUGAUGCGAGAGGGUGUCACCCACAUCCUCACAUAUACAGCACACAUGAACGCUUUCUCCUCAAACAUGGCCCUGCACAGUCAUGAGCAGAAUUCUCGAAAGGUACAGGCAGUGGUGAGGAGGUGUGCCUUCCGCUGGAAGCAGCGAGCUUUAUGUAAACCAUCUGCCAGAGAGAUGGCAAAUAAAGAAGAUAAACCUCUCAAAAAGAGUGUUUCCUUCUGCCUGCCUGAAGAACAUUCUCAGGAAAACACCUGUGAUCUCACAUCCCCCCAAGACCACCGCCCAGUCCACUACCAAAGAGCUGAGCAGAGGGCUGGAGAGAGCAUAAUGAACAAAUUGCUGCAGGUUCGAGCUUCUAGGUUGCAACCACGAAGGGCUGAUGAUCUGUUACACUCUCCAGUUAAAGAAGUGAUGCCGCUCCGCCGGCCUAGAAGCAUUCCUUCAGCACCCUCUACCCAGCUACAGCCUCCUGUUUCACUUCCUUACAUCCCACCUCAGCUUCCUGUCCUGACUGUUAAACCUCCAGUCCCAGACCUCAGGCCUCGUUCUGCAGGAAACACUACUAUGCUGUCCAGCAAUGAAAGACAGGGGGAACUGCUCCCUCCUUCUACAUUUACUGCAUCCAAAACACAGAUCAGGGAGAACCCUGCACAGAAUAAGAUGGAGUCGACAAGUCCAAGGCACAAAGAUCCCACACUCCUUACUCCACUCGAUUUCAUUCCCCAUAAGUUACCUGGUCAAAGUAUGUGUGAGAGACUUCUUGUGCAUGAUGAUAAAGAGGAUGAUGAAGAUGAAAUGAGCGUGAUUAUUCAGAAAACCAGUGACCCAGCUGAAGCUCUGACCAAAGAACUACUUGAUAUCAGGCUGGACCUGCAGAGAUACCAGCAAGACAGAAAUCAGCUGCAGACAUGGCGUAAGCUUCAAAAGGUCAUGAGGAAUUGGCUGCAGACAACAGGCAGUGAAGAAGAAACUGAGGAAAGGGAGAGCAUCAUAGAAGAAUUAAAUGAGCUGGAGAGCCGUAUUUCUGCUCUGUCUGUGAAACUGACUGAACAAAAGCCCACCAUGAUUUGCCACGCUGCAAGGGUCAACAGCAUAGAAAGCCAGUUGCUGGAAUGAAACAGUAAAGCAUAG